AUGCUUUCUUUGCGCCAACUCUCUCGCCAGCUGCCUCGCGGUGUUGCCCGUCUGACCUCGACCGCCGUUCGUCAGCCCCUGCGCACUCCUGCCUUUGCCGCCGCCAGAACCGCUGCUCACUUUUCCACCUCUCCGCUCCGCCGCCAAGGUGUGUCCUGCUGUUUCGCGCUCUAUCUGGUCCGUUGCUCAUUGUUCUCAUCCNNAGAUGCCACCACUCAGGAACUCGCCGCCAAGCUGAACUCGGAAAUCGCCCUCGAGAAGGAACAGCAAGCAGAUGACAGCUACCGCUACAACUGCCAAGAGUACAUCGACAACAGCGAGUUCAAGAUUGAAGACAAGGCCGGUACAGAGGAAGUUCACCUCACCCGAUCAUACGGCGACGAGAAGUCCGUCACGCUAUCCUGA